GCGCGGAGGCACAAAAUGGCGGCCCACGGACCACCCUCUCAGCACCACACCCCUCAGCACCACACCCCCCAGCACGGUCGAACUGGGCGGGGCCGGAAGGGGCGGGGCAGGAAAGGGCGGGUCCUUCUUGGGCCGGAAGAGGCGGGAGCUGACCGGAAGUGGGGGUGGCGGCGGCGUGGGGCGGCAAUGGGCCGCAAGAAGAAGAAGGGGUCUGGAAGUGCGGUGUCACGGCUCGUGGUGACUUUUGAUGAGGAGAGGCGGAGGGAGUACCUGACCGGCUUCCAUAAACGGAAGGUGGAGCGGAGGAAGGUAGCCCUGGAGGAGAUCAAGAGGAAGCUGAAGGAGGAGCAGAGGAAGAUGAAAGAGGAGAGGCACAAGGAGUACCUGAAGAUGCUGCGCGAGAGGGAGGAAGCUCUUGAUGAGUUUGAUGAACUGGAGCACUUGGUGACGUCACGGACAGAGUCAGUGAACAUUGACCACCCAAACCAUGUUGUAACAGUCACAACCAUCAGUGACCUGGACCUUUCAGGUGCACGCCAGCUGGGACUGAGCACCUCUGAGGGAAAAAGUGGUGGUUCAGAAGAGGAGAAGGGGGAAGAGGUGGUGAACAAGCCUGCAAGAACAAUGCCCAAGAAGUCCAGAAACCCUUUCCUAUCUGAAAAGAUCUCUUCUCUUACUGCUACGCUGCACAUGCACAGCCGGAAAAAGAGGAAAGGAAAGCGACCCCAACGUGGACAAGGUCCACGUAAGAAAAUCCAGAAACCCAGCAUGAGGCGAACCACUAAGACUCAGCGACGGAGACUGACAGGCAAAAUGGGCCGUGACCAAGAUUAAUGGAGAACCUGGUGCUCAGCGCAGCCGCUGCGACUGUUUUCAGCAGCUGGGCUGCUACUCUUUGUGACCCCUUCAUAAUGAGCAAGGACCUUGUUUACUUGGCUUUCUGAGCCCAUUUCAGCCUUUCUCACCUCCUGUGUGUUGGCCACAAGUACUAGUCACUCUUAUUUUGCAGUGGUCGCCAACUAAGUACCUGAGUGCCAUGAACUCUCUAAAAAUCUUCUGUUGGAGGUCAGAUUCUCUGUAUGGCAUAGCCCUUACUUGGCUUUAUCGAAGGAGAGAAUCUAAAGCUGAGUGCAACGGACAUGCUGUCAGGUUAACUUAUGAGACUGGGAAGAAUUCUGCUUCCACUUGAGCACCAAUGCCUUACUGUAUCUGCUGUGCAGUAAAUUUUUCCGGGACGGUG